CCGACACACCGCACACCCGACCACCGGUGACUCUGCGGCGGGACCGGCGCCGGCGCACGACACCAUGGGCGGCAACUCGAGCAAAGUGACGGCCCAAGACAAGGCCAUUCUGGACCUCAAGAUCCAGCGGGACCGGCUACACCAGUAUCAGCGGCGCAUCACGGUGCUGACGGACAAGGAGACGGACGUGGCGCGGCAGAUGCUGGCGCGCGGCGAUAAGAAACGCGCCCUGCUGGCCCUGCGCCGCAAGAAGUACCAGGAGACGCUGCUGGCCAAGACGGACGCCCAGCUCGAGCAGCUUGAGAGGCUGACUUCGAGCGUCGAGUUCGCCCAGAUCCAAAAGGACGUCGUCUUUGGCCUGCAGCAGGGCACGAGGGUUCUGCAAGAGAUUCACGCCGAGAUGGGCGGCAUUGACAAGGUUGAGAAACUCAUGGGCGAGACGGCUGACGCCAUCGCCUACCAAAAGGAAGUCAGCGAGAUGCUUGGAGGCCGCAUCUCCAACCAGGACGAAGAGGACGUCGAGGACGAGCUUGCCGCGCUACAGGCCGAGGUCGCCGGCCAGGGCGUCGCCCAGCAGCUGCCGUCGGUUCCCCACGCGAACGUGCCCGAGCCGGAGUUGCGCGCCGACGGUGAGACCACUGCAGCGGCUAAACAGCCGGAGAGGCAGGCGAUGCUGGCGUCAUGACACAGGCCACGGGAUGAUUUACUGGCGCGCACGGAGCGACGUCAUUGCUGGAAUGGGAUAGUGGUGACGCAUGAUAGAGGCGGGCGGGCAACGGCGAUGACACACACACUACAGCGCGCACUCUCGAUACACACGGCGUUUAGUAUUUAUCCUUUGAAUCUUUUACUAUUCCUUUGACUAUUAUGAUCCGAUUACCCGCCAUCUUGGGUCCGAGGUAUCUAGCAUCAGCUGUCGCCGUACUUGGCAAUGAGCUUGCGCAUAAUGGACAUGGCGCCGCCACGGUAGCCGCCACCGAACAUGGCAAAGUGGUUUAGGUGAUGGUAUCUGCCCGACCAAAGUCCAUCAGUUUGCAAACGGAUACGUGUAUAUUAUGUGUGUGCGUGGGUGGGUAGGUGAUGAGUGGGUGGCCGUGCCAAGUUGGACGGGGUUUUGAUGCAAACUCACAGCUCGUACAGCGCGAGGCGGUCUUCCCACUCGUUCCUGGGCUCCGCCUUGGGCACGAGAUCGUUGUACUCGCUCCAGAAGGCGGCCCCGAAGCCGCCAAACAUGCGCAUGAUUCCAAGCUCGUACUCGGCGUGGCCGUAGACGGCCGAAGGGUCAAACACGACCUCCUCGACGCCACCGCCCGCCGAGGACCCCCCGAUGCGCCCACGGCCGUGGUUCCCGCUCCAGAGGUCGCCGUGCACGACGACGGGCAC